GCGGUCGCCUGGCGCCUAGGCGAACAGGGCCGAGAGGGGCGCGGAAACUCGCGCGGAAUGCCCAUCCGUCCCGGGAGCCAAGAGGAAGCUCCCCGCUGGAGCUCCUUUGGAUUUUCCGCCCCAGGCAGAGAAAUGCUGCGGGCGACCUUCUUUAUUACGCAACUGGGAUUUUUCAGUAGAAAGAAAACAAAGCCAGUGUCUUCUCACUUGAAAACUGCAUUUGGAGGGUUGAGGGAAGGUGGGAGAGUUGCCGCAUUCAGAAAAUGAAGCAAAAACCUCAGAGAACUGUGUACACAAAGACAGCAAUGCUAUAAAGAAGCUGUUUAACAAGGACCCUUUGCAUCAGUAAAUAUCCAGCCAGACCACAAAGCCUUCUACUACAUUUCACUGCAGUCGGGGCCACCGUCUCUCUGGGCAGACAUGACACUCCAAGCUGUGCUAGAGACUGUAGAAAACGGGAAGCAAGAUACUGUCCUCAAGGUGCUACAGAUCUACAACCAGGAGAAUUCUCACUGUUUCACCUUUGAUGAUGAGGAACAGGAAGAAAGAAAGAAACUGGCCAUGCUUCUGAUCAAGUUCUUGGAGAGAGUUCUCCAGCCAUCUUGUCAAGUGACAUGCUUGGAAAGCAUACGAAUUCUGUCCCGGGAUAAAAAAUGCCUUGGCCCUUUCACCACCAUGGAAAGCUUGAAGACGCUAGCCAGGCAUGCUGGGAUUGUUUACAGGGAAGAGCAAAUCCUGGAGGUUCCCGAUCUGGAUGUAAUUCUGGAGGCCCUUAAGUGCCUCUGCAAUAUUGUCUUCAGUAGUCCCCGGGCUCAGGAACUGAUGGCUGAAGCUCGGUUUGUGGUGGGCCUUACAGAUCGCAUCAAACUCUAUAAUGAGAGAAACUUCCCCCAUGAUAUAAAAUUCUUUGACUUGCGCCUUCUCUUUUUAUUGACGGCACUAAGGGUGGAUAUUCGGCAGCAGGUUGCACAGGAACUUCGAGGUAUUGGUUUAAUGACGGAUACUCUGGAACUUACACUGGGAGUGAAGUGGAUUGACCCUCAUGAGGUAGCUGCUGAAGGGAAUCCUCCCCUGCCAUUACCUCGGCAGGAGACAGAGCGUGCCAUGGAAAUCCUAAAGGUCCUCUUCAAUAUCACUUUUGACACCAACCAAAGGGAGGUGGAUGAGGAAGAUGCUUCUCUGUACCGACGUCUGGGUGCCCUUCUCCGUCACUGCCUGAUGAUUUCAGCAGAUGGUGAUGAUCGGACAGAAGAAUUUCACAGCCAUACAAUCAACCUUUUGGGCAAUCUGCCUCUCAAGUGUUUAGAUGUCUUGCUGACUCCAAAGGUCCACCCAGGCUCUCUUGAAUACAUGGGAGUCAACAUGGAUGCUGUCAGUGUUCUCCUGAGUUUCCUUGAUCGACGUCUUGAUAGGGGUCACAAACUCAAAGAGAGUCUUACCCCAGUGCUGAACUUGCUGACUGAAAGUGCCCGGGUCCAUCGACAGACGAGGAAAUUCCUUAAAUUAAAGGUGCUUCCUCCAUUACGGGAUGUGAAGAAUAGACCAGAGGUGGGGAACCUGCUGAGAAAUAAACUUGUACGCCUCAUGACUCACAUUGACACGGGUGUGAAACACUGUGCUGCUGAGUUCCUGUUUGUACUCUGCAAGGAAAGUGUGUCACGGUUUGUGAAGUACACGGGAUAUGGAAAUGCUGCUGGUCUUCUGGCAGCACGAGGCCUCAUGGCUGGAGGACAGACAGAAGGAGAAUACUCUGAGGAUGAAGACACCGAUACAGAGGAAUACAAGGAAGCAAAACCCAACAUUAAUCCUAUAACUGGGCGUGUGGAGGAAAAGCUUCCCAAUCCAAUGGAGGGGAUGACAGAUGAACAGAAGGAGGUUGAAGCAAUGAAACUGGUGAACAUGUUUGACAAACUCUCCAGACAGCAGAUCAUCAGACCUAUGGGUCUGGGUCCUGAUGGCAAUUUAACCUCUCUCAAUUUAACCUCCCUGAAUGAAGCUGUUCAUCAAAUAGCUGAGGAGAGAUUAUCUUCGGACUCUGAUUUGGAAUUAGACUGAGUCAUCCUAUUUCUCACAAGCCUAUGGACCUGCGACUCUCUCUUUAUAUCAGGAUUGAUCUUCUGAUACGAAAACCUGGACAAGGACUUUCUGGGACUUGGAUUCCUCCACCCAGAUUCAUCUAAGUUCUGCUUCUUCUGCAGCCCUACAGCACUUCUCUUGACAGCUUUUCACAGCUUUGUUCUUUCUGACUGUCUUUUCCCCUCAGUGUUUCUAAGAGUCUCACCCUCUGAUGUAUCCCAAAGACUUUCCAGCAGAUUGGCAAGGAGGCAAGAGAGGGCAGUUUCAAGUGGGUUAACAGCACAUGAAACGCUAAGAGUACAUGCAUGUAGUCAAUUGUUUGGAAAGAAAAAGGUGUAUGAAUUAGGGAAAUAUGUUAAUCCCUGUGCCAAGCACAACAUUUAAAAACCGUGUGUCGUGGUUGGUACACUUGGGAACUGUAGGCAAAUAUGAAAGCGUAUGCAUAGUAGUAGUGUCUAGGAGUAUAUUAUAAAAAUGUGUGAACAAAGUAAGCCUGCAUUUUUUAUAAAUAUAGUGUGUGACAAUCAAAUGUAGUUUCAUACCAUUCCUUUUAGAGUACCUUAUGGAUGGUUGGAAAUCUGCAAGAAAGAGCCAUUGUUGAAAGUGUGAAUGUGUGCAUGUGUUGUGUGUUUGUGUGUGCAUAUGUGUGUGUGCAAGGAAGUAUUUUUAUUUAAAAUACAGGAAUAUAUGGGAAAUGCAGAGAUCUGUUUUGUUCACAGUGAAGCAUAUGUAGAUACAGUAUUUGCAGUAGAAAGGCUCUGAUCUUUCAUUCUGAUGCUGCAUUUGUGUCCCUCUUCCUACAUGUUAUCUGAAGUAACAUCAGUCUUUGCACUGUUGAGACAAAAGACUGCUUUAUUUCCAUAAGUUAGUACUACAAGUUGGGCGGGGAGAAAUAUGACAAUAAAUAAAUAAAAUUAUCUGCUUAAGUUUCUGUAUUUCCAUAGCAUUUUGCAUUCACAGGUUACUUUCAGCCUUUACCUGAAUUUAAACUUCCCUGUUUAGAAAGGAAUUCCAUUUCCCAGCUUGUUUUUGUUUUACCAACAAUUUCAAAACUUAGCACCAAUGUAAAUUAAAAUUUUUCACUAGAAUAAACGAACCCUUCCAAUACUAAA